AUCUUCGGUCCGGUGCAGUCGCUGUUCAAAUUCAAGACAUUCGAUGAGGUGAUCGACCGGUGCAACAACACUGAGUACGGUUUGGCCGCCGGUGUGUUCACCAAAGACAUCAACAAAGCGUUGCACUUCUCGCAACAGGUGCGCGCAGGGUCCAUUUGGGUCAACACAUUCCUCGCACUCGGCCCGCAGGUGCCCUUCGGUGGGUAUAAACAGUCGGGUUUUGGCCGCGAGAACGGAGAGGACGGCCUCCACGAGUAUCUUGAGAUCAAAUCGAUUGCUAUCCAUAACGACCAGAAGAACUCAUAAAGUAGUGGUUUUGUGGCUAAGCAUGCGUGAAAAUGACCAAGAUCAAUAUUUUUCUAAAUUUGCCAUUAAAUUGAAUCUUAAUCUCUAUAGUUUUGCUAUAAUUUUUCCAGUAAUGAAAUGAAAUGUGAUUUUAUUGAAUAUUUCUAUGCGAUUAUUGUAUAUUUUUAUAUCAAUAAAAAUCAAUUAAUAAAAAUUGUAAUAGUGAAUAUAA